AGUCAUAGUGGGAUGGUAAACACCGCCCUUGGCAUCCGAACAAAACCCUCCACACUUCCUCGUACGCUCGCUCAGCGCACAAACGAAGCAAACGGGGGACCCUGUCAUCUGAUGCGUGCCUAAACAUGGGCACAAAAAUGAAUAUGCUCGCGUUUGCCACGACGCUUCUCUGCGUGGUGCGGCUGCCGCAAGCUUCUACGCAAAACUUGAACAAUCCAUACUGUUCGUACGACGACCAUCAACAAACUGCUGACUGCUCAGACCGUGACUUCAUGGCCGUGCCUCAGGGAUUGCCGGCCACCGUCACCGUCCUAGACUUGUCUCACAAUCGGAUCGGUGCGAUUCGACUCGGAGAUUUCUCCAGCACUCCCAAGCUCGAGGUUCUCAUCCUGGCUUUCAACCGAAUUCGCACGAUUGAAGCCGGUGCGCUGAAAGAUGUCCCCCUGCUCCGCUACCUAGACCUGUACCAGAACGAGCUGCCUGCAGUACCUGAGUGGGCUCUGAUUGAUCUUCAUAACCUGCGGAUCCUCAACAUCUCCAUGAACAACUACACUUCCUUUGCCCUCGGCGGAGGCUUCUCCAGAAUGAGUCAGCUGCAGUCACUUACCAUCGGCACAUUCCACACCUCAGAGCUGAAAGCUGCUGACUUGCAAGCCCUCUCAAAUAUUUCAUUGAAGUAUUUGGACCUGAACACUGGUUCUCCGUUAUUACGUUACGAACCUGGAUCCCUCGUCCAUUUCCGAUCACUGAAAACGUUCUUUAUGAAUUUUUCUGUGGACGGAAAUCCGUCCAUUUUUUCCAACGUCCUUAUAGAUCUGAAUACAUCUCAAAUUACACAAUUGGAAACAUAUCAAAUAUUGAUCGAGCCCUUAAAAAACCACAGUUUUGAUUUGUUUCAGGGUCUUAGUUACUGUCAGUCACUGACAAAGAUCAUCAUUGUCAAUGCUAAUUUCUCAGACAGUGAAGCCACAGACUUCAUCAAAAACAUGUACCUGUCAAACCUGAAAAUGGUUGUGUUCACAAAUUCUUCCUAUAAUGACAAAGGGCCUGUUGUGUUCAUUGGGAUUAAGGGAGUCAACAGAACUGCUCCAUUAAAAAGGCUGGUGAUCGAUGGGGUAUUUCACCUGAAUAUGACUUACCCUUUAUUUUUAAUUAAUUUCACCCUGUUUCCCAAUCUUACUGAGUUCAAAAUCUCCAACACAGGCAUGAAUAAAGUAGCCUGUUUAUUUUUGAAAAUUCGAGCAAUUACAUGGCUCGACUUUUCCCGAAAUCUUUUGGAUGAAACAGGCCUGUGGUGGGAAUCGUGUAAUUACACUGUUGUCCUACCCAAUGCUGAACAUAUGGAUAUAAGUCACAAUCACUUCAGGCACCUAAAGAUAAUAUCCAGCAUGGUUUCCCUAAUGCCCAAAAUCAAGUCUUUAGACCUUAGUUAUAAUUAUAUCAACGACAUCUAUGAGUGUGCAUGGCCUAAUACUCUUCAAAAACUUAAUCUACGUAAUAAUGACAUCACCAGAAAUUCAAAAAUCUGCACUUCAAAGUAUUUGCAAGUACUCGAUCUCUCCUACACCAGGCUUGAAACAUUCCCUUACAAUAUCCUCGCAGAAGCAACGUCGUUGAAAGAACUUUACCUCAGUGGGAACAACAUCCGACACAUCAAUCCACAGAUAGGCUCCGCAUCUCUACAAGUUUUGUACAUGGACGACAAUGCCUUGGGCAUCAUUAGAAAAGGUACGUUUGAAAAUCUCCAGGCCGCAAGGUCUCUCAAUUUGAAAAAUAAUCCCUUCUACUGCUUUUGCGAUCUCUACUGGUUUCGAAAAACAUUCAACAAGUCGCUGCUGAUGGACUGGCCCAACGGUUACACGUGCAGUUACCCCGAUUACCUUGCAGACAGCCCACUGGAGGAUUUCAGCCCAAGCUACGUCGCAUGUGACAGGUACAUCAUCAUCAUUCUUAGCGUCGUCAUCACGGCAUGUGUGAUUGGCAUCACUGCAGGGCUCAGCUACCACCUUGACGCCGUAUGGUACAUACGCAUGGGCUGGAUAUGGGUUUCAGCAAAGAGACGGCGUUAUAAUAGGCUGAACGACGGUGAGACCUCAACGUUCCAGUACCACGCGUUCAUCUCCUACAGCCAGCUUGACUCGGAUUGGGUGGAGAACACCCUGGUGCCCACCUUAGAGAGCUCCAACCCCGACCUCAAGCUGUGCAUCCACGAGCGAGACUUCACGCCCGGAGAGUGGAUCGUGGACAAUAUCAUCCAGUGCAUCGAGCAUUCCAACAAGACCCUGUUCAUCCUCUCGCGGAACUUUGUCAACAGCGAGUGGUGCCACUACGAGUUGUACUUUGCGCAGCACCGGGUCCUGGAGCAGCGCCAGGACUCGCUGGUGCUGCUGCUGCUCGAGCCGUUGCCCAGGAAUUCCGUGCCCAGCAAGUUCUGCCGGCUUCGGAAGCUGCUCAACAGGAAGACUUACCUGGAGUGGCCGGCCGAGGAGGGCAAGAGGUCAAUGUUCUGGGCCAGCCUCCGGGCUAUUCUGCAGUCAGACAACCGUCCGCUCGAAUCUAGCCCUGACCCCGAUGCUUAGCUUUCAAAUGGUGUGGAGGAGGGGAAAGGUGGGGGGUUAAGUAUGUUCUUGUUAUACUUUUUGUUUUUUUUCGCUAAAGUCACGUAGGUCAAAAAUAAUUAAUAAAUUAAUGAAAUCACGACACAAGCUUGUGUUGCCUCCGAAACGUCGUGAUUUAAUUUAUUUUAAAUUGAAUUUUUACCUACGUGACUUUACCGAAAAAACCAAAGAGUAUGGACCCUUGCAGUCACAAAAACUUCAAAUCUAGAAUUAUGUUCUUGCUGUUAUUUGUAUUUUCCACAUUUUGAAAUGGAGGGCCCCUCCAGAUUUCUAUUUCACUUACCAAAUAAGUUGCACCGUGCAUUACCAAGAAUAACUGAUGUCACUGAUGACAAGUAGAUAUUUUAAUACGCUUGUUAUUUCAGAACUGGUAAUAUGAUAUCAGAUGUGAGAUUAUAUAUGUAGUCUCGGUGAAAAAGGUGUCAGUUUUGUUGCCAGAUAGAAGGGUAAAAAACCAAUUAUCAUAUUUUUUUUACUGGAAAAUGAGGUUCCAAUGGAGUAUCGGUGUUCUUUAUGUGUUUCGUGUCAGCUCUCUGUGAUGGUAAGCUGCUUGAACGUUAUUGAUUUCUUGAUCUGAUUCUGUUCUCUCCAGGUUUAAUAUCUCUUCACGUUUGCAAAGGUUUUUUUUCCCAGUAGUACACGUGCUUACUAAACGAGAUCAAGAUAUUUCCUGCAGGUUGCUUGUGUCAAAAAUUGAGAAGAUAGUGCGAUAUAGAGCUGCAUUGUGGGUAGCAGAGAUCAUAAAAUACCAUUGUUGCAUAUUCUUAGGUUUUUUCGGUAAAGUCACGUAGGUAAAACAUUAAAAUUAAUCAAAGUAAAAUAAAAUAAAAAAUAACAAAGGCUCACCCUCUUAAGCCUCACCUUACCAUAUGAAUAAAAAGUGUGCUUUACUUGCCCCCCCCUCUCCAACCAUUAUAUAAACAGAGUGGUAGCUCCUGCAAUCUCUCAUUUACUUGAUACAGCUGUCGUGGCUGUGACGGUUCCACCUGAAGACGGAAGCUUGUGUUGCCUCCGAAACGUCGUGAUUUUUAUUUUUUAUUUUAUUUCACUUUUAUUAAUUUUAAUGUUUUACCUACGUGACUUUACCGAAAAAACCUAAGAAUAUGAAUCCUUGCAGUCACGAAAGCUUCAAAUCUAGAACCAUUGUUGCACUCUACUUCUAUGCUGCCACGUAUAUGCGCCCCACAAUCGGCAACCCACACUAGCCAGUGUGGUGAAUCAUGAUAAAAAGAAUCCCCAUAACCUAGAGGGCGUGGUAUAAGGCCCUCGUGCAGCAGUUUAUUGUCAAAAGAGCUGGCCAGUUGCACAAAUAGGGCUAAUAAUUCGAGCUCUGAAAGUGCAGUUCAAUAAAAUGUUGUUUGGGCUUAACGCAUUUAUUAUGAACGUGUUUUAUUGGCCUUAAAGUUUGGGGCAGACAAUUUAAACAGCUUAUUUUUACACAUUGCUUCGUGUUUUUUUAUGUUACUUUGACAAUGCAAUUUUAUUUACAAUCGUCUAAUUUACGACAAAUGUAUCAAUCUGAAAAUGCUUAAACCAUCUUAUUUCACAUCAUGCGAGGAUAAACGCACUUCUUUUCUACGACAAAUCAACCACCUUUAUAAAAUUUCUCUACGCUAUAAGAUACGGUAGUCGUCAUCUCCAAAACCAGGUGACAUUUCGGAAAUAACACGUGAAGAAGGGGCAUCGUCUUAAAUGUCACCUCUAAUAUUUUUUUUCCCUUUUCACGCUACAGUGUUAUUGACGAAUGUGAUGAGUUUGUUAUUUGUGCUUGUGCACCACUGCCAAUGGAACACCAGCAAAUUAUAAUGUAUUUUAAUCUCCCAAAUAUAGUGAGUGCAGGAGAUUCCCCCGCUUAUUCGCGGUAAUGUGCAAGACGCAGCGGGGGUUACCUCUGAAUUUACACCACUUAUCCUAGCCGAAGGAAAAACAGAGGAUAAUCACGGACGAGAGGAACGGGAGCGCGGAUAAUUAUCUGGUCGGCGACCAAAAUAACAAGAAGAGUCCAAUUUUUUUUCACAUUCGGUACGUCAAACACAAACAAAACCCCUCAAAUAUUUAAUUAUUAUUAUUUUUAUGUCGGUCGCAGUCCCUCGCAGUUUUAAACCUUCCACGCCGCCGGCGGUCGUCGACCAUCGACCGAAUCGGGACCUGGCAUGGCCGGUGCGGCCACCAAUCCCAAACGAUCGGCCCCCACGUUGUAGUCCAGCCGCUGUCCUGCCCUCCUUUAAAUGAGGGGCAAGGGGACGAGAUCCACUCUGGAUAACAAGUAAA